UGCAAGUUCUGGACUCCUUGCGGCUGAACCUGCACUGUGCAAAGUGGAGGUAGGAGAUGCAGUGUGGGUGUGUGUUUGUGACUCAGCCGAGGAUAUUACCUCAUAGAGGGAUAAGCUGUGAUUGAAGAGGUCUGACAGAGGUCUCUCCCUGUGACUCCAUUACCGCCGGGCCUCUUAUCUGGCCAGAUUUUCUGUUCGGGUUCAGAGGGGAAGUUUUGACAGCCAGGCUUUACAGCCCCCUCUCCGCUCUGUCGCUCCUGACAGAGAGAAAGAGUGAGUGAGAGAGAGAGAGAGAGAGAGAGAGAGAGAGAGAGAAGUGGUGACUUCAUCCCUUCUCAUAACCAACCCUCCUCUCUCCCCCCUCCUUUUUUCUGAGCUUUCCUUUUUUUUUUUUUUUUUCAAGACUUCAGCGCAGCUCAGUCAGGCAGCAUGCCAGCAGUUUUCAUCUUGCUGCGGUCCCUGGUUAUCAGGCUCCUCAGUAGCAGACUGGCAGGCUCAGUGGCACAGUUCCUCCGGAGAAGCCUCUCGACAGGCGCUGCCCACCUUGGCACGGCCCUGCGCCACAUCUGGGACCGCGUCCGAUCCCAGGAGUCCAAGGAAGCUGUCCUGGGCUGCGUGCUGUGCAUUCUCAACAUGCACAAGAAGGUGGAGAACUGAGCUUUUUUUCUCUCUCCACGAACUGUUCAACCCUCCACUUGCCUGCUGAAACACAGACUGGACAGCUGUUUAGAGAGGAGAGUGUACAAAGGGAUGUGACAGACUUUUUUUUUUUUUCCCACUUUGGACUUCAGUAAUUGUGUUUUCUGUUUGGGGACACUGGUCAUGUCUGAAAGCAUUGUGAGGAAGGUGCAGCCCUUCACCAUUGGGACAAGGCUGUCAGUUCCCACUGUGCCAAAAUGCCAGGAGUUUACACAGACUUAUCUGCCCAGCGAGGCUCUGGAUAACUGCGUGUUACAGCACAACCUGAACUCGCUCUACCUCAGUCGGUCACAGGUCUGUGCACAUGGCCCCUGUCUGGUCCCGCCGAUUGUCAAGCAGGUCGCUCCAGUGAAACGUGACCAGGAGCACAUGGCAGCAGAGGACCAGCUGAACCAGAAUGUCGCCUCGGCUUCUGCUGUGUCCAGAUCCAUUAAGAAGAUCACGAUCUCUGGGAGUAAAGACAAAUCGGAGGAUAAGACGACAGUGGGACCAGCUCAACUUUCAAUCACAGGAUCUACAUCUGAGAACAACAAUAACAACAACAACAUCACCAGCAGCAGCAGCACGUCGGACCCACUUCUGCCCAGGAUUGUGGGAGUGAGCUGUGAGAAUAAGCCUAAUUCUCAGUUUAAGGUUUUACUCAGAAAAGACAGCAGUGAUGAAUUUCAUGCCAGGCUGGAACAAACCAAGAUGAAAAUGAACGGAGAAGAAUCCGUCCAACAGGUUUCAGUGCCUGGACUGAAGAAGAAAGAGCCUCAGAGGAAGGAAAGUCAUCCACACACCCAGAACGAAGUACUGGCAGCUGUUACAUCCCAGAGUGACUGCUUCACUCAGCGCAACUCGCUCUUCAACAAGGAAGUAGUGCAGGCAGAAGCAUGGAUCAAAGGCAAGUUGCAGGACCUGAAGGAUGGAUGUAAUAUUCAGUGCUGCCCCCUGCAGGACUGGGAGGAAGCCUCGCAGACACUUCAGAGAGACCUCAAAGACUUUGAGAACACCCUAAUUCAACUCAACCAGAUGGGUGAGCAGUUGAUCUGCAAGCUGAACCCCACAUCUGAUCUGGUGAAGAAGCAGCUCAGCCAACUCAGGGACCAGUGGCUGACCCUGAAACAGAUGGCUGCAAAUCAGACAAGAGCCCUCGGCGGAGCCAAGAACCUGCAGGAAUUCAACAAAAAAGUGGACAAGCUGGAAGCAUGGAUUAAAGAAAAGCAGGAAGAGGAGCAGUCUCUGGUGAAUGUCCUGGGGGAAAAUGUUGACAAAAUGCAGUUGACCAGGAAGAUAUUAGAUCUGAAACAGGAUGAGCAGCUACACAGGAACCUUCAUGAGGAGAUCAACAACUUGGCACUAAAACUGGAGAAACAAGGGAAGACAGAUGGCAAAAACAUCUCCAGCAGGAGGAAACAAAUCAAUAAAAUGUGGCUGAAGGUCCAAUCUCAUCUGAAAAACUACCAUGAGAACCUUCAUCUGGCUCUAGAGGUGUCCUCGUUCUACCAGCAGGCUGAUAACACAUUGUUCGCCAUUAACAACAUGAGGAAAAGCAUGGCUGCGUCCAAAGAGCUGGAAAACUUUGGAGACAGAGAAAUUCGUGACAUUGCCAGUCAGAUCAUGAUGUUAGAUGUAAGCGUGUCCCAGCUGUCUAACCUCCAUCCUGCCCUGGCUGCCAGCGUCACACAAAAGCAGAGCGAGGUGAAGGACUGCUGGACGCUUCUUCAGAAGGUUUUCAGGAGCGACAGGACCACACUCUCUCUCACUGGCUCCGCUUUCACCAGGGAAGAUGCUGACCUCCUGACACCGGCCCGAGAGCCUCAGUGCAUCAUGGGAAUGGAGACACAUGGGAUCAUGGGAAAGGAGGUGAAGGAGGAGCAGAAUCGCCUGAAAGGCUAUGUGAGCGCGGCUGACUGUGGGAGUGGUAGGAGAACACAGAGCAGCCAAAGCCCAGAGCAGCAAUCAGUGACCCGCACCUCUCCAGCAAUGGGAGCCGGCCCAGCCUGCGCAGAUGAUGCCAUCGUCAGACAUCAAUUGAAGGGGGAAAGCAGGAAGCCCAGAGCUGAGCCCAAGCUUGCCGCCGCCCCGCAAGGCCACCCACAGCUUCACAUGCAGCUUCAAAAGUUCACUGUGUCUGCUGACAAGACUUUGUCCUGGCUCAAGGACAACGUGUCCAUGGCCACACAGGUAUGUUCAAUAGCCAGUUUUGAGGGGCUGGAGGCAGCCAGGAGGUGUCAACACACUCUCGAACAAGAAAUCCUCACCAACAGAGCCAGGAUAGAGGUGGUCAAAAGGGAGGGCCACGGGUUGGUCCGUGCACAGCACCCAGGCAGCACCAGGAUCGAGGAGUUCCUCGGCCAGCUGGAGGUCCUGUGGGAAGAAUUGAGAAGGAGGCACCAGAGGAAUGCUGUGUUCCUGCAGGCCUCAGAGGAGCUGGGUUUCAGGGCUGUGAAAGUGCUCCAGGCUCUUGGCAGCCUGGAAGCCUGGCUGGAGUCCGUGGAGCUUUCCAUGAAGGAAUCUGCAUUAGCCGGUGACCCUGAGACAAUGAGCGUGGCUGAGAGGGAGAGCUGUCUGCUGGAAAGAGAGGUGGCAGCCCGCAGCCUGGAGCUCAGUGCUCUGAGGCAGGAGGUGGAGCGCCUUCAUGGCCACAGUCACCCCCACACACGAGGGCUUCCAGCGCGCAUGGAGGAGGUGGAGAGAAAGUACCAUCGUGUCCAAAGUGCCCUGACCCAGCAGAGCUCAGAGCUGCAAGACACUCGCAUGCUGACAGAGUUCCUGGAGCGUGUGGAGCUGGAGGAGAGCCAGGAGCUCAGCGGGAGUCGAUACGGCCUUGGACAGCCUCUCCACAGUGAAAUUUCCUCAGCUUCUACUUUGCUGGGACUCCAAAGCAGCAGCGGCGGCGGCGGUGGUGGUGAGCCCCUCAUAGAAACUAUGGGGGACCCUGUGGAGGAGCUGCGAGAAGCGGUGGAGAUGCUGAAUGACACCGUGAGGGAAAGAGGUCGAUCGCAGAGCCACGAUCAGGCCGUCCAGGAGCUGCUGAGCAAGCACGCCAGCCUGGCGGUGCGCGUGGAGGAGCGCCUGUGCUGCAGUAAGGAUCUAGGCCUGGACAUCCUGGAGAAGGAGACAGACAUGGCCAUCCAGUGCGAGCCAGACCACUGUGGCCUCGAGGCUCUGCAGGAGAAGCAGGACCACCUGGAGAUUGACUAUGAAAUCAUCAGGGAGGAGGUAAAGGAGAUGGAAGACCAGGCUUCCCGGAUGAAGGAGCUGUGCCCAGAGAGAGUGCACGUACUCGAGGCAAAGAUCCAGGCCACGCUGCAGGCCUGGAACGAGCUGGGAAAGAGCGUGACGGAGAACAAAUCGCGUCUGCGAGAGUUUGUGCAGCUCCAGGACUUCUUCAGGAGCUACCUCGCCAUGAUCUCAUGGACCGAGGACACCAGGUCUUGCAUUUUCUCCGAUACCGCCUUGCACCUUGGGAGAGAUGGGCAGAAGCCACUGGCUGCAGAGCUGGACAUGCAGAUUGAGCGAAAGUUUAAUGAAUUUGAUGAGCUGGCAGCCACAGGGAAGAACCUUUUAGACAAAGAGCAUCACCUCACGCAGAUGGUAAGAGAGCGCAUGGAGGAGCUGAGGAACAUGCUUGGGUGGAUCUUGGUGCACUGGAGGGCUCAGAAACAACAGUGGCUUCACAAGAAGAGCAGACAGGAGUGUUCACAAGAUAACAUUUAUUCUGAGGCGACAAUGUGCCCUCCAGAGACUUCAACUCCUGAGCCAGAGGUCUUCCAAUCUCAACAGUGUCAAGUUGUCAGUCCUUGUGAAGACACAAAGAAGGCAGCCAGAGACAGUCAGCACUCAUCUCACGAAGAGAAGCAGUCAGAGGAUGGCUACGAGGUCAUGAACAGUAUCGGACCUCAGGGCGACUUUCCCAAAACCAACAUCAUGGUGCUCAAAGAGGGCAGCAGUCCACCUACGGGAGGCACAGUCAACCUCAUCCUUAGUUUUGGUAACACAGGGGACAGCCAGGUUCAGGUGUUCGACCUGCCUGCUAGGACGGAUGAGGUAGUGGAGGAGACCUCUGAGCCUGUCCACAGGCCCACUGUGCCUCAAUCUUCUGCCUGUAAAAACUUUUGGAGGCGCUGCCAGGGGCUUUUGGAAAAUACUUUGGGUAGUUUAAAGCGAAAGAGAAAGAUUUAUCGGCAGAGUGCGAAUGAGGUAAGUACCUACUUGCAUGUCAAGGAUAACAACCUGGCUGUGGCCCCUGUGUAUGAGAGUAUCACCCUGCCCCGCCAAAAGAGCCGCUCUGCAGCCUCGGCCUCCCCUACCUUCUUGCCAUCCCCCUCCUUGCCAUCUCCCCCGGCGGCUGCGCCACAGUCGACCAACGUAACCUUCCACCCUUUGACGGGGAGCAGCAGCACCUCCAUCUUCAGCAGCCUCAAGAGGAUGGGCAAGAAGAGAAAGCGGAAGAGGGAUGCUCGCAGGCACACUAUUCAGAAAAUCAUGGGAGUGGAGGAGCAAACGGAUGGCAUGCCCCAUUAUGCCUGCGAGACAGUUCCAUACGACACGCACACAUGGCCGCUGAAAGAAGGUCGAAGGAAGAAGAGUUCACCAAAGACUGGGGAUGGAGUGGAAGCUAUGGCCUAUAUGAAGAACCCCCUGCUGAGGGACAUUGAUACAGAGUGUUCAGGAGAAUAUAGCAUCAUUCCAUAUGCUGUAUCAGCAGGACCAACCACUUUGCCCUCAGCAGGUCAGGUGAGAAGCCACUGCAGAUUCCUUUCAUUGGGUUCUGUGCUGAGCUUUGAUCUACCUAAAGACAUGACCCUCAUCCCCAGCAUUCAGGACAUCAUCACUAUUGCCCCUCCGGAGUCCAAAAAAGGAGGCGGGACAGAUCCAGACCCCCAGAGACACACAGUCCUGAGCUCUUUCAGACAGACUCGACCCACCGUCACACGCAGUCCGGCUGAAAUUGGCUUUUCUGAAACACAACCUUCAACAGUUGCAGUAAAAGAUCUGCCUGAUGUGGACAAGAGUUUUCAGCCUCCAUGUCCUUCGUCUCUGGAAGAAGAUGAGGAUCAGACUGUGCCAUGUAAUGACUUGUCCAAAACCCAGUUCAUCCUGCGUGAGGAUGCAGAGCAGGAGUGGGACAAAAUGCUAUCGGAAGUUAAAACAGCUGAAAAGGAGGGAACCAGCCAGCCUUCACAGCUUCCUAUUUAUGUGAACCAAGCCCCCACUUCCACUACCGCUGCACAUAAACACGAGUGUCUUAGUGUCCAUACACUCAUUCGAGACCUGAAUGGGCACAUGUACCAUAAAUGCACAAGAGCCCAGUGUACACAUGAAGAGAGUCCUGGACUUCAAUCAAGCCAGGCAUCUCACAUGACAGUGAAUCUGAAGUCAACCGUGAGUGUGAGUGUUCGUCAGGACUCUGUGGACUCUGGCAUCUCCACCUCCAGCAGCAUCAAGCUUUGCUCUGAUGCUCCAUGUCCAGAGAACCAGCGGCCCAAGGGAGUGGUGGGGAGACUCAUAUCUCUUGAAGUGGGAGGUAUCGAUUGUAGUAAAACAAGAGAGAACGAUGUAACAUCCUCAGGUCCGUCUCCAGACUCUGCAGUGAUCGAAGCAGAACCUGUUCACCUCGACCACCAGCAGUUUGAAGAGGAAGAGGAAGAACUGGAAGACAUCUGGAACCAGACCUCUAACUACAGGCAGAGCAUCUGCUCAGACAUCAUGUACCAGCCCAACCAGGAAGACUCCAUAAACUCAGACCAAUCCAGAGAGCCCCUUUGCCACUCACCCUCAGCUACGACGCCACCUGUGCUCUACAGGAACCUGGUCACUGCCUCAGCUCCCAACCUCCUUGUGGCUGAGUUCAAACUGCCGUCACACAUUCAGAGCCUGCUGGGGUACGACAAGGGGCAGAGUCCCAAAGGUCACCUUCCUCCACUGGCGAUAGGCGACAGGAGGUCCUGGGCGGCUUUUCCCAACAGGGAACCAGCCGGGAAGACUUCGGCAACAGUGAACGAGACCGCGUCUGAUCCAGUGAAGCUGCCUGAUGUAGGAGACAAUCAGAGAUACAUUUAUCAGUACAGAGAGGAUGAGGAGGAGGAGGAAGAGGAGGCAAAGGUGGGGGAGGAGGUGGACGAGCUCGCAGGUGGCUUGAAGGACCACUCGAUGAGUCUGCUGUCUGUUCAUAUGGAUUUGGAUGGAGCCUGUCAGCAAAGAGCAGCCUCACAAAGCCUGGAAGACAUGGAGAGGCCAGAGAAGCUGGUGGCCACAGGAGGGCGCUGCUUCACCCUGAGUGGAAAGCCUGAGCUGCAGUCGAUGGAGGGAACACUCGAGAGGAAGCACAAGCUGCAGCUGGGAGGAAAGAAAGCAGCCUCCAGAGGCUGGAACUCCUACCAUGCUGUCCUAUAUAGACACACCUUGUGCUUCUACCAGGAUAGAAAGGAUACACUGAGGAGUUCUGCAUGUGGCCUGCCGCUGAACCUGACGGGAGCUGAGUGUUCACCUGCCCCGGACUACACCAAAAAACCCAACUGCUUUCGAUUACGGCUCCGUGAUGGGUCUGAAUAUCUGCUCAAUGCUUCCUCACGCUUUAUGAUGAAGAAAUGGAUGAUGAAAAUACAAGCAAACACAGAUCAGAGUGUUUCUUCAGUACCAGGUGUCCCGGUUGAUCGAGACCUCUCCAUUUUCUUAAAGCCCUCUCUCUGCUUCGGAUGUCCUGAUCCAGCCAGUUGCCGCUGCUCCCCUCGACACGAUGUCACCCGCACAUUCCCUAGGAACAAACCGCCACCGGGUAGCGCCCAAACCAAAGAGAUCGUCGUCCUCACCAGAGACUUCGGUCACUUGCCACAGACUCAUUUAAAAAGACUGGAUGAGCAGUCAGCCAUCUCAUCCUCUGGCUGCUGUGAUGAUGAUGAUGAUGAUGAAGGCCGUUUACAGCAGACAGUGACUCACAGACUCUCUGGAGGAUUCAGAGACAACUCCCCUGUAUCCAGCGGUCAGGACUGGCUCAGCAGCAAGCGCCGCUCCCACUCCUUCACAUCAGCAACUUACCAGAAGAUCAAGCCCAUGUUGCACGCCCCUGGAGGAAAAGGCCCGGACCAAGGCUCCAACUACUGUGUGACUCUGGUGGUGGGAGACAAGUCAGCAGAUGGCCUUUCGGUCAGCAGAAGCUCUGAGCCACCGCUGCUGGCCUCGGCUGGAUGGCAGCAAGACACGUACCAAGACUCUGCUCUGAAAAGCUACGCCAGCCUGCCGCGGCCACGCAACAAGUCCGUCUUCAAAAAGUUCUUUGGGAAAAAGGACUUCUGAGUUUAUAAAUGAGAAUUUUUCACUAAUAAAGGGUUUUACAGAUAGUUUGAAAUGUGCAGUGCACAUACUAAGCAAAAAAGGAAAAGAAAAAAACACUACUACUGACCGUAUUUAUGAUUGAAAGACUACCACAGUUUUAUUUUUGAUGUGUUUUAUAUAAAUCACGUGCUGAAAGUUCCUUAUAAAAUUCCUUUUUACGAGUGUUUAUAUUACUUCUUUCUUCUUGUUUAAACUAAAGGGCAAUGCUGUAUGAGUGUGCACUGUGUAGUUGCAGAUUUGAUUGUCUUAUUUCAGUCAGAAUUCGUUUUCUCCAUGUGAUUAACAGUUUUCGUAAACCCUCCCACUCGGCGGAGAAUCAGUUUAGACUCCCAGUGACUCUCAUCUUGACUUGAUUAUGACUAAGUAUUAACAAUAUCCUGAGCUCAUGACGCUUGCAGUACAUCAUUACAGCUCUCUGGCUUCACAUGUACAGUGUGAUGCGCACCGACACAUUUUACGCAACCACAAAUAAGCAGUUUGAUACUGCUUGAGCUUGUUUUGAUAUAAAUACUUUUCUAAAGAAUUGUAGCAGAGACAAUACAUAAUAAAACCUUUAAAAAAAUUUUUGCUUUGACUGUGA